CACAGACACGGAGCUGAACGGACUGAACACACCGGACUGAAGCAGCUCCACACACUCGGUGUCCACGCAGGACCAAGGCUGUCUGUGGCGCUGCAGAGCCCUGCAGGCCCUUCACCUGGCCACUAAAGAAGGCACCCCGAGGUGCUAAAACACAGCACCAUGGCAGGGGCUUCUGUGAAGGUGGCGGUGCGUGUCCGCCCCUUCAAUUCCAGGGAAAUUGGAAAAGAAAGCAAGUGCAUCAUUCAGAUGUCUGGAAACACCACCACCAUCAUCAACCCCAAGCAGGCCAAAGACAACAAGAGCUUCAACUUUGAUUACUCCUACUGGUCCCACACCUCGCCCGAGGAUGUUAAUUAUGCCUCUCAGAUGCAAGUGUACAAAGAUAUCGGAGAGGAAAUGCUGCUGCACGCCUUUGAGGGCUACAACGUCUGCAUCUUUGCUUAUGGCCAGACGGGAGCUGGCAAGUCCUACACCAUGAUGGGGAAGCAGGAUGUGAAGGAUCAACAAGGAAUCAUUCCCCUGAUGUGUGAGGAUCUCUUCACGAAGAUCAAUGACAAUACAGAUAACAGCAUGUCCUACUCUGUGGAGGUAAGCUACAUGGAGAUCUACUGUGAACGUGUGCGGGACUUACUGAACCCAAAAAACAAAGGGAACUUACGUGUACGAGAACAUCCUCUGAUGGGGCCGUACGUGGAGGACCUGUCCAAGCUCGCUGUCACCUCCUACAAUGACAUCCAAGACCUGAUGGACUCUGGAAAUAAGGCCAGGACUGUGGCUGCCACCAACAUGAAUGAAACAAGCAGUCGCUCACACGCCGUCUUUAACAUCAUAUUCACUCAGAAACGCCAUGACGCCGAUACUGACAACACCUCUGAGAAGGUUAGUAAAAUAAGUUUGGUGGACUUGGCCGGCAGUGAGAGGGCAGAUUCAACUGGAGCCAAAGGGACCAGGCUUAAGGAGGGAGCAAAUAUUAACAAAUCAUUAACCACACUGGGAAAAGUCAUCUCUGCUUUGGCAGAAGUGGACUCUGGGCCAAAUAAGAAUAAAAAGAAGAAAAAAGUGGAAAGCUUCAUCCCAUACAGAGAUUCAGUUUUGACGUGGCUGCUGAGAGAGAAUCUGGGCGGGAAUUCUCGUACUGCAAUGGUAGCUGCCCUGAGUCCAGCAGACAUCAACUACGAUGAAACUCUCAGCACACUCAGGUACGCAGACCGUGCCAAACAGAUUCGCUGUAAUGCUGUGAUCAAUGAGGAUCCCAACAACCGUUUGGUGCGUGAGCUGAAGGAGGAGGUGUCUCGUCUGAAAGAUCUCCUCUAUGCCCAGGGCCUGGGCGACAUCAUCGAAACGUUUCGAGGGUCUGGUGCUGAGAUUGAGGGUUUGAAAUACCUAUCCGAUUUCAAGAACAAUAACAAUAAAGACCAAGCUGUGAAUCAAAGGGAUGAUCUUUCCACAGUGACCAAUGCCAUGACGGGGAUGAGUCCCUCUCCGUCUCUCUCAGCCUUGUCCAGCCGUGCCGGAUCUAUUGCCAGUCUGCAUGACCGGAUCAUGUUCAGCCCAGGGAGCGAGGAAGCCAUCGAGAGGCUAAAGGAAACUGAGAAAAUCAUUGCUGAGCUCAAUGAGACUUGGGAAGAGAAACUUCGCAGAACAGAAGCCAUUAGAAUGGAAAGAGAGGCUUUACUGGCAGAAAUGGGUGUAGCAAUGCGUGAGGAUGGUGGCACAGUUGGAGUAUUUUCACCUAAAAAGACGCCUCAUUUGGUGAACCUCAACGAAGAUCCUCUGAUGUCUGAGUGUCUACUGUACUACAUUAAAGAUGGAAUAACCAGGGUUGGUCGUGUUGAUGCCAGCAGUCGUCAGGACAUCGUCCUCAGUGGUCACUUCAUAAAGGAUGAACACUGCACCUUCACCAGCUCCUCUAAUGCAACAGGAGAAACUGUUGUCCUUGAGCCGUGUGAAGGAGCUGAGACUUAUGUCAAUGGAAAAUUAGUGACAGAGCCUACUGUCCUCAAAUCAGGGAAUCGCAUCAUCCUGGGGAAGAGCCAUGUGUUUCGCUUCAACCACCCUGUGCAGGCCAGGGCAGAGAGGGAGAGGACCCCCUGUGCUGAGACCCCUGCUGAGCCCGUGGACUGGGCUUUUGCUCAGAGAGAACUGCUGGAGAAACAGGGCAUCGACAUGAAACAGGAGAUGGAACAGAGGCUGCAGGAGCUGGAGGACCAGUACCGCAAAGAGAGAGAGGAGGCCAACAACCUUCUGGAACAACAAAGACUGGAUUAUGAGAGUAAACUGGAGGCUCUUCAGAAGCAAGUGGACCGUUAUUACCCAGAAGCCCCAGAAGAAGAGGAAGAGCCAGAAGAGGAAGUUCAAUGGACUGAGAGGGAACGAGAGCUGGCGGUUUGGAGUUUCCGUAAGUGGAGAUGCUACCAGUUCACCUCUCUGCGUGACCUGUUAUGGGGCAAUGCCAUCUUCCUCAAGGAGGCCAACGCCAUAAGCGUCGAACUCAAGAAGAAGGUCCAAUUCCAGUUUGUGCUGCUGACGGACACACUGUACUCCCCCCUGCCUCCAGACAUGAUGCCCCCAGAGGCAACCAAAGACAGAGACAAGCGACAUUUCCCACGCACCAUUGUGGCAGUUGAGGUGCAGGAUCAGAAGAAUGGAGCAACCCACUACUGGACUUUAGAGAAACUCAGGCAAAGACUCGACCUCAUGAGAGAAAUGUAUGACCGUGCUGCUGACGUGCCCAACAAUACAACUGAAGAGGGUGAAAAUGUGAUGACCGGAGGUGACCCCUUUUAUGAUCGCUUCCCCUGGUUCCGUCUGGUUGGCAGAAACCCCCUUUUCAACACAUGCAUGAGCGAGCGCAUGAGUGACCCUACCCCAUCCCCGACCCUCUCCAACUCUGAAAUUACUGAGCUGGCCGACGCUCAGCGGGAGGGUCGAGGGGAGGAGGAGGAGUUGGAGGAGUUGGAUGACCUGGACGAUGAUAUCUUUUUGGACGACCCGAGCUCGGAGCUUGGGGGAGAGGAUGAUGAUGAUGAUGAUGAUGAUGAUGAUGAUGAGGGAGAGCUGUGCCGAGGCUCCAGCGAAGGCCUGGAUCCCUUUUACGACCGCUCACCAUUAUUCAGUGUAGUGGGAAGGGCUUUUGUUUACCUGAGUAACCUGCUGUACCCAGUUCCUCUUGUCCACCGUGUGGCCAUCGUCAGUGAGAAGGGAGAAGUGAAGGGUUUUCUUCGAGUGGCGGUUCAGGCCAUAUCAGCUGAUGAGGAAGCUCCAGACUACGGCUCAGGAGUGAGGCAGUCGGGCACGGCCAAAAUCUCAUUUGAAGAUCAACAAUAUGAAAAGUUCCAGUCUGAGUCCUGCUCUGGAGGACUGUCCCGUACAGGGGUCUCUCAGGAGGAGCUUCGUAUUGUUGAGGGGGAGGGACAAAAUGCAGAAAUGGGACCCUCAGCCGAUGAAGUCAACAAUAACACAUCUGGUGCUGAUGAGGAGAAUCCGGUGAAGGCUGGACUGGACGGUGCACUCGAUAGUAAUCUGGAGCACCUCACCAUUGGAAAUAUUUUCACCUUCAGGGUCACAGUCCUGCAGGCCUCCAGCAUCUCUGCAGAAUACGCCGACAUCUUCUGCCAGUUCAAUUUCAUCCACCGCCACGAUGAGGCCUUUUCCACUGAACCCCUAAAAAACACAGGCCGUGGGCCGCCGCUUGGCUUUUACCACGUACAGAAUAUUGCUGUUGAAGUGACCAAAUCCUUUGUCGACUAUGUAAAGACUCAACCAAUUGUGUUUGAGGUGUUUGGACACUACCAGAAACAGCCUUUCCUCCCCCUCUGUAAAGACGUCAUCAGCCCACUCCGGCCCUGCAGAAGACAGUUCCCCCAAGUGAUGCCUCUGUCCAAACCAGUUGACUCUGAGACCUCGCCGGACCGGGAGAAAACGCUGGACCUGAUCCGAUACCUGGUCCCAGAUGUGUUCAAUGGGGCGCUGGUGGACUCGCUGUCUGGCCACGCUCUGUCUGCCGCUGGUUUGGCUGCUUCCUUCCUACUAGAAGGAAAUGAGCGAGCUCAGCUGCCAGCACCACCCACCUCUAUCUGUUCAGUUAUUAAAGCUCAGAUGCCGGUACCCGCCACUAAGCUCACAGCACUGACCCGCCCUCAGGCAGGACCCUGUCACUGCAAAUAUGAUCUCAUGGUUUUCUUUGAGAUCUGCGAGUUGGAGGCGAAUGGAGACUACAUCCCGGCAGUGGUGGACCACAGAGGAGGAAUGCCUUGUCACGGCACGUUCUUACUUCACCAGGGCCUCCAGAGGAGAAUCACUGUCACCAUCGUACAUGAGUCAGGAGGCGACAUAGAAUGGAACGACGUCCGAGAACUUGUUGUUGGGCGUCUCCGUAACACUCCUGAGGCUGAUGAGACCAUCAUAGACCCCAAUAUUCUGUCUCUCAACAUCUUGUCUGCUGGGUAUGUCAGGCCCUUGCAAGACGACAGACAGUUUCUUGAUUCGGACAUGCCUAGAACCUUCUACCGCUUUGAGGCUGCUUGGGAUAGCUCAAUGCACAACUCUCUGCUAUUAAACCGAGUCACUCCAUGCGGGGAGAAGAUCUUCAUGACCCUGUCAGCCUACCUGGAGAUGGAGAACUGCACUCAGCCUGCAGUUAUAACCAAAGAUAUCUGUAUGGUCUUUUACUCCCGAGACACAAAGCUCUCAGCCUCCCGCUCUAUUCGCAACCUUUUUGGCACAGGGAAUCUGAGAGCAGCAGAUGGGAACCGUAUAACUGGAGUUUAUGAGGUCAGCCUCUGUAACCUGGCAGAUAUAGGGAGUCCAGGUAUGCAGAGGAGACGUAGGCGGGUGCUGGACACCUCAGUGGCCUACGUCCGUGGAGAAGAGAACCUGGCUGGAUGGAGGCCUCGCAGUGACAGCCUCAUUCUGGAUCACCAGUGGGAGCUGGAGAAACUGAGCCUCCUUCAGGAUGUGGAGAAGACCAAACACUACCUCCUGUUGAGGGAGAAACUGGAGUCCACUCUGUUAAUGGGUCAGGAGGCCCUGCAGUCCUGUGUCACCGAGGAGCUGAGUGAGUCUCCACAGCCCCAGGAGGUGGACCAGGAAGCCACCUCCAGCUCUGAAAUCACCACGGAGAGGCAGAGGGAGCUCGCUGCCAAGUGUUUGCGGCUGCUCAUGCACUCCUUCAACAGAGAAUACAGCCACGUGUGUGUCAGCGCCAGUGAAAGCAAGAUCUCAGAGAUGUCUGUCACAACACUACGAGACUCCGCUUCAGUCUCUGCUUUUAACACAAUCACACCCUCCUCGACAUGCCCUUCACUGGUUGAGGGAUGCUACAAUGCAGAUCUCAGACCCCCUACACCUCGUUCUCGUGCCGUGAGCCCCGGUCCUGACAUAAAUCAGGACUCAGAAGACAAGAAGUCCCUCUCUGGACCCUCAGAAGCAAAGCCACGGACCCGCAAAUUUGUUCCUGACAUCCAGGAGAUUAGAGUCAGCCCCAUUGUGUCAAAGAAGGGUUACCUGCAUUUCUUGGAGCCACACACCAAUGGAUGGGUGAAGCGUUACGUGGUCGUGCGGCGGCCUUACGUCUACAUCUACAACACAGAGAGAGACGGUGUGGAGCGGGCCAUCCUCAACCUCUCCUCUGCACAGGUGGAGUACAGUGAGGACCAGCAGGCGAUGCUCAAGACCCCAAACACAUUUGCUGUGUGUACAGAACAUCGUGGGAUACUGCUUCAAGCCACUAAUGACAAAGACAUGCAUGACUGGCUCUAUGCCUUCAAUCCACUCCUCGCCGGAACAAUUAGGUCGAAGCUGUCAAGAAGAAGAGCUGGACAGAUGAGGAUGUGAAAAAAACGCAGAGACUAACAUGUACAUAGACCCCUGUCCUCCUCCCUCCCCUUGUGCUGAGCUACGUCCCCACCACCACAGUCACCAACAACCAUCUCUCCCCUGUCCGUUCUUAAUUUACCACUAAAGCGCCCGUCGUUUUGUGUCAGGCCUUUUGCCGCGGUGUGAGUCUUGUAGUCUGAAGACCCUCUUCAAAAGCUGUCACUUUACUGUAACUGGAACCUAUUCAUAGCUGGGGGAAUGAAGAAAAUGGAAGCGGUAGCAAACAGUUUCUUAUCUCAGAUUACAUACGUAUGUUGAUGUACUGUAGUUGUUGUCAGUGACACAUUGAGCCUUAUACAUUUAUUCUUAAAAAUGCAGUGACAUUUAUCUGAAGCUGCCAUGUCAAUGAGGAUCUCAUUGUUACAUUUGCAUCAGUAAAUAGGCAAACAUACAGAUUCUUCUCUACUCUACUCUACAGCUAUAUAUACUGGUUUGCAUAAAAGCUAGAAAAUACACACUAAAAGAAAAAAAAUGACAGUUGAGUGUAUCUCUUUAGAAUUUUUCUCUUUUCUCUCUGAUCCAUGACUCCUGGCACUGAGUAAUCUGCCUCCUAUUCUUCAAAUAUAUGUAAGAAACUUUAGCGCACACAGCCUGGCAAGGGAAUGGCAUAUCAUCAUAGACUUCAUGUUCUUGUGGCAUUUUGAUAAAAUCUGUGUCAUUUAGUGUAUCUUCUUGUAGGAGCACCAAGGAUAUCUACAUUCACACGUUAAAUAAUCACCACAUUUAUCCUCCCAGUUUGAUCUCAUUCUCUCACUGAAUUUUCUUUAUUUCAAAAUGUGAUAUAUUUAGAUAUUUAACAGCUUUAUUAUUUAUUUCUGCAUGUAUUUAUUUACAAAGACAUCUAUAUUUCUAAAGUAGUAGUCCAGUGCAAUUUCUGCACACUGCACUUUUUAAUAUGAGUUCCUUAAAUGUUCUAAUAGUACAACCUUGUCCCCAUGCAGGUAACGCUAUUUAAAGAAUCUAAUGACUUUCUAAUUAACAUCGGCCAGUUUCUUUGUGCUGAUGAUUACUUGAAUUUAUUAUACUAUCCCCUUUAAGAUUAGUAUAGUCACACCUGACCUUUGACCCAACUUACAUUUAUCUGACAAGGUUGUUUUAAGGUAGUCUGUCCAUUGUCAAAUGCACAAAGCUAUCCUGUGAACUGAUUAAAAGUAUAACCUUUUCCUCACAGUACUGAUUAAGAAACUGGUUUUCUGAAUGAUAUGUAUAUUGAGUAAUGUAGUGCCUCUCUUUUUAAUCAUACUGUACAGUAUGCCUCUGCACCAGUUGCUUUGAAACAACAUCUCUCAUGCUGCUAUAAAACUGCUCUGGAAGUGUCUGCAAAUCAUAAUCAUCACGUUCCUGUAUUUCAUUAUCAUCAUCAGUUUCAUAUUCAGACAAGAAGGUUUUAUUAAUGGAUGUGCAUUUUAAUAUGGCGAUAUCAGCUGUCACACAAAGUGGAAUUUCCAUGACACAGAAUAUACUUCAUGUUUAUUAAUGCAAAAAAAUGACUCCAUGUAUUCAGGAUUAAAUUAUGCGAUCAAGCCAAUAGCUCCUGAUCAAACUCAAUUUAGUGGAGAUUGUUUUUCUGAAUACUACAGUGAUAUGUCCAUUUGUUGACUUUGAUGCAUGCCUCAGGUCAGCCAGCCUCGAGAGCGCACUGAGCGACACCAAUGACAUUUCACUUACUACAUCGAUUUAACUGUUACAGAGCAAAAAUAUUGUAUGCACACUUUUAAUUGUUUUGCCUGUUAUGUAAUCCAGUAUUCUGUGUUGUGGACAUCUGAUAAGGUGAUCCAAUGAAUUCCAAUGUAUUCUGUUUGUGCAACUGUCAGUAGUUGUUGUUACACACAGAGUCAAAUGUCUGUUUCUAGAGUUUCUCCUGUAUAACAUGAAGUUUGGUGUUAUGAUCAGAGUCGGUCACAGACGUUCUUGGCAGAGACUGCAGUUGCGUUUUAUCCAGCUAUAGCAUCGUCAUUAAGAGUAUCCCUUACUGUACUUUACACCAUGUUGCUCACUCAUUUGUGUCUCAUUUCAUUUAAAACCCAGUCAUGAAACACUGCUACAUGUGAGCCCUAAACUGCUCCUGUUUGAUCUUUUGUUGUAGUUACUCCUCACAUCUUCAUCGGGCCUUUUAAUGUGUGUCACGUUUGAGCCAAUCAGAGCUUUGUUGGUGCAGUCACAAAAAUGUCACACUGAAUGUACAUUGAUAUUUGACUAUAUUUAAUUCUGCUGGAGUGCUUGUGUUGACUUGUCUUUUUGAUUUCACACUCUGGUUCCUUAUUGAUUGUAGGUAGGAUAUUAUUAGGGAACCAUAGACAACUUGUAGGACAUACAGUACUUGUAAUAAUACGUGGGACCAGAUUGGUUCAUCAUGGCCCGUUUAGGCAUUGCAUCUUGUACAGAGUACAACUGUAGGUUACCUUACAAUCACACUUUCACUCAAAAUUCAAUAUCUACACAUUCGCCAUCAUGCUCUGACAACCUUCACAACUUUUUCUAAUCCUCCCUUUUAAAUAUUUUUUUUGUGCUUCCGCAUAUAACCUUUUUUUCGCACUGUCAAAUUGCACCGGUACAUUUCUGUUUUUUUCAAAAAUGAUUUUGCAUUGUAUAUAAACAUGAUUGCUGUGAACAGUGUAUUAUAAAGUUGCACCCAUUUAUGAAAUCUUAAAUGGGUAGUAGUUGAGUCAGUGUCUCUGAGUGUUGGAGUUUCGCGUCAAAUGUUUGUGUACACUAGUCACAUUGUCAUAUAUUAAAUAAACAUGGAAAUUAUGCAACACAAA